AUGCCGUCUCACGCGGAUCUGGAGCGUCAGAUCGAACAGCUGAUGGAGUGCAAGCCUCUGUCGGAGUCGGAGGUGAAGACCCUGUGCGAUCAAGCGAGGGCGGUUCUGGUGGAGGAGUGGAACGUGCAACCGGUGAAGUGCCCCGUCACCGUCUGCGGCGAUAUUCACGGCCAGUUCUACGAUCUCAUUGAGUUGUUUCGGAUUGGAGGGAGCGCACCCGAUACCAAUUAUCUCUUCAUGGGUGAUUAUGUAGAUCGUGGAUACUAUUCAGUGGAGACUGUUUCUCUUUUGGUGGCUUUGAAAGUCCGUUACAGAGAUAGAAUCACAAUUCUCAGGGGAAAUCAUGAAAGUCGUCAAAUUACUCAAGUGUAUGGCUUCUAUGAUGAAUGCUUGAGAAAAUAUGGAAAUGCCAAUGUCUGGAAAUACUUUACAGACUUGUUUGAUUAUUUACCUCUGACUGCCCUCAUUGAGAGUCAGGUUUUCUGCUUGCAUGGAGGUCUCUCGCCUUCUUUGGAUACUCUGGAUAACAUCAGAGCAUUGGAUCGUAUACAAGAGCGUAGCUUUAGGUUUCUAUCAAAUGGUGUUUUCAUGAGCUCUCCUCCCACAGCUGCCACCACCAUGGAAGACAGCCUCCAAGCUAUUUUCCAGAAACUAGUUGUCUUCCAGGCCCAAAUCACCCACUAUGAAGAACAACAAAAAUCUCACCACACUACCCUCUUACAGUCCAUUGAUGCUUGUCAUGCCACCCUCACCUCUGCCAUUAAUGGUCACUCAACAGGUUGUCAGUUGUCCCUUUAUCCCACAACACCACAUUACCUCCUUGAGUCUACUUCCAAAACCAUCCCUUUUCCACCGACGAUUCAGUGGCAAAGCUCUCCAUCUCCCUCCUUUCAGCACCUCCCAUGCCCAAAACCAAUGUCGCAUACAUCAACAGCCACAAGACAUGCUCCACACAUUCACCAUCUUGGCAUCACACACCCUCAGGUUCCACAUGAAGGACCAAUGUGUGAUCUAUUGUGGUCUGACCCUGAUGAUCGUUGUGGAUGGGGAAUAUCUCCCCGUGGGGCAGGAUACACAUUUGGACAGGAUAUUGCUGCUCAGUUUAACCAUACCAAUGGUCUCUCCCUGAUAUCUAGAGCUCAUCAGCUUGUUAUGGAGGGAUACAAUUGGUGCCAGGACAAGAAUGUGGUUACCGUAUUUAGUGCUCCAAAUUACUGUUACCGAUGUGGGAAUAUGGCUGCCAUACUAGAAAUAGGAGAGAAUAUGGAUCAGAGUUUUCUUCAGUUUGAUCCAGCUCCCAGGCAAAUUGAGCCUGACACCACACGCAAGACUCCAGAUUAUUUUUUGAUGGCACUGCGACAAAUGGUGUCCACCACGCUCUUGACGAGCCUCAUGUUUUGCCAACAAUUUUAUGCAUGGACACAUGGAAUUAAGAGCCUGCUUCCACCACUCGUGGUGGCGUUGGUGUGCUCGGGUCAUGAUCAUGCAAGAGGGAGGUGGGAAACAUGUGAUGGAAUGGGCAGAAGGAAGUGUAGUAUUGGAGGAAGAGCUAGCAGGAGAGGGAAUGGCCAAAAGAAAAACAAGAAUGAGUGGGUGGUAGUGCAGGAUGGGGAAAGACCAAUAGAAAAAUAUAACAAAGAAGGAACACAUGUGGUGGCCGAAUGCAACGAAUCUUCUAUAUCAAAAUUUUGCAGGAGUGAAAGAGCACAAGAGAUGGAGAGGACAAAAAAGCGACGUUCCUACCUCAUGAAACCACCAAAGGAGGACCCACCAACCUAUGUAAGUCGACCAUUAGACGAUGUUGACAUCAACGCUGAGAACUAUAUCAACCAUGUUCGUGGAAAGAUCAGGGGUAGUGCAAAUAUUCAACAUUGA